AGAAAUACUAAUUUCAACGAGUGGCCAUCAUCAGUGGGGAACCUAAAAUAUUUGCAAACACUUGACUUGCAAACUUGUUCGAAUAUUACAGUGCCAAAUGUGUUAUGGAAGAUGGAAGGAUUGAUGCAUCUUUAUCUUCCUAUCCUGCCUUUUUAAACACAGAAGGUAAGUUGCGAAUAGAUAGUUUAAGCAAAUUGGAAACAUUAGUGAACUUUACCUCAGAUAAGGUUGAUGCCAAAGGGCUCUUUAAGUUAUCCAAUCUCAGGGCACUAUCUGAGGCAUACUUGAAUGUAGAACAUGAUGAUGACCUAGCAAUGAUCAACGACUACUUUUUUCAUCACAAGCAUCGGCUGCAAUUCACAUCGUUUGAAGUUCAAAUUGAUGAUUCUUGUAAGGACGAAAGAAUAAGCCUCCUACGAAAAUUUGUCACAUAUGAUCGACUUGGUGACUUGACGAUACGAGGAACCAUUGUUGGUAAGCUAUCAGAAUAUCUUCCGUCUUCAUCCCUUGUGAAUCUUGUGAAUUUAUCCAUGAUCAACUCUCAACUUGAGGACGAUCCUAUGCCAACUUUGAAGAUGCUGCCUAACUUAAGGUCGCUCAUUUUGCGUAAUGCUUUUGUGGGAAAGGAAGUUUUUUGCUCAAUUGGUGGUUUUCCUCAUCUCCAAUAUCUUUCCCUAUGCUAUAUAGAUAAUUUAGAAGAAUGGAGAGUAGAGGAGGGAGCCAUGCCUAAUCUCUCUGAGUUAGAGAUUACUUCAUGCAAGGAGUUGAAGAAGAUUCCUGAUGGACUAAAAUUCAUUUCCAACUUGAAGUCUCUAGUAUUUAAAUUCAUGCCUGUAGCAUUCCAAGAUAGAGUUCGAGUGGAAGAUUUUCACAUAGUUCAACACAUCUAUAGAAUUGAGUUUUAUGAUUGCGAUGUCGAGAUGGUGGAUUUAACUGAUGCCAUUAUAUUCAACUAGUUGUGUUCCCACAAAGACAGUAAGGUGUUUAUGGGUUUAAAUGGACAUUAGAGACAAGAGGAGGUUUAGACAUUGUGGUUGUUCUGGCUAUGACAAUUUUUAUGAAGUUAUUGGUUCCAAUUUGUCAUCAUGGUCCAUAGUAGCAACAGGUCUUAUCUAAUGUUGGGAAGGCUAUCCUGCUGUUUCGAUAAUUGUUAUUUUUCUUUAAAAUUGGAGCCAUUGUCCUCUUUUGAAUUUGGCUUCCCAUGUGCCCCAAUUCCUUCUUUUUGACAGACUAGUAUGGUUUUUGCUCUGAUUUAAUAAAAUCUAAAAUGAUCUCUUGCUCAUUUUGAAUUUUUUCUCCAUCUGUCCACACAUAGUUGAAGAAUGAAGAAGAA